GGCUGCUUGGGAAGGCAGCGGGCCCCUGGACAAGGCUCUGUGGGGCACCCUGUGCAUUGCCCUUGGCGAGCAAGGACUUCAACCUCAGGGCUCCCAGGCCGAGCAGCCCCCUCCACAAUGUCAGAUCCUGUCUUGCUCAGCCCCACCCCAGGAAGUGAGCGCAACCCUCUCUCUGUUCUGUGCAGCCCUCUGGUCUUCAGUGCCCUGGGAAACAGCCCCGCCCUAUGCCUUGCCUGUCACAAGGGCAAGAAGGUCAUCAACAGGUGUCUCCCUGGACCACCUAGCGGUGUCCGAUUUCCUGUUCACCCUGGCCCUGCCUGGAAGGAUCACCUAUUACGUGCUGGCCUCCAGCUGGUCUUUCGGUGAGAGACUCUGCAGGGUGAUGGCAUUCCUCCUCUCCGUGAACAACCCCGGGGAGGAGGGUGUGUCAACCUCCCGACGUGCGUGAGCGCGCACCGAUACCUGGCUGUGGUCUGCCCCCUCCAGGGCCCGCAGCUCGGCAAGGCCCACGGGCCGUGCGCGGCUCGUCUGUGUGGCUCUUAGGCCUUGGCCUUGCUGCAGACGGCGCCCCUGCUCUUCACCCGCGUGACCGAGCGUGCGGCGGGCAGGCUGAGCUGCGUGGGGUAUGACAGCGUCGAGGGAAUCCGCUGCCCCUCGUGGUUCUGGUGGCCUGUGCUCUGAGCUUCUGUGGGCCGGUGGGGGUCACGCUAUUUUGUGACCUGAAGACCACCUUGCAGCUGUGCAGGACAGCCUGGGGACACUCGCUGAUGAGCCAGAAAGGACGUCAGCAGAGGGCCCGCCUGCUCACCCCGGCGCUGCUGGUGGCCGUGGUCGUCAGCGUCGGCUCCUACCACCUCAACAUCAUCCAGUUCAUGCAGAGAGAGACGCCCCGCCCGCCGUCCGGCCCGGCGCCGAGGGCUUUCAGACUGUCCCUGCAGCUCACCAUGCCCCUCGUGAACGUGAACUGUGGCAUUGGCCCCAUCAUUGACUACUUCUCAUCGACACGGUACGGGAAAUGGCUCCUCGGCAUCUUAAAACUCAGGGGGGUCCGCAUCCCCCUCCUCCUCCCAGAGAAGGGCUUCCUCAGAAACGCCAAGUGUCAACCAGACUGGAGCCUUAGCGCCCUUAGAAGAGAAUGAGGUCUGAUGAGUCGUUGGCUUUAAGACUAUCUCCAGGGAGGGGUCCAGGACUGGAGGCCCGAAGCGUAGAUUCAUUUGAGGGGUGGGUUCUUUAAGAAAAAGAAGAGAAGAGAAUAAUACAGAGUUAGGUGCAGAG